AUAAGAAGGUUUAUCUCCAAUUGCCUUCCGAUGUUAGUUAACGAUGUCAAUUGAGUGAUCAAUAGGGGUGGGUACUUUCUUGCUCUUUCGGCAUAAUCGAAAAUCUAUUACUAUUUCGACUUUAGUUAUUACGAUCAUAUCGGCUACGCCGAGUUUACUCAUUCUUAUCGAGGGUUAACGAGUCCUCGUGACCCACAUCCGGGAGGACCCCUUCUGACCCCUCUGAAGUAAUUACUACCGAGUUACUCGUUGAUAUCAAUCGCUCGAAAUUCGAAAAUGAGUCCUCAUUAAAUUAUAAAUUGUAAUGGCGAGGGUGGUGGGAUGAUUCUCCCUCGCGAAAGGUGCUACAAUUUCUCCCUCGAUUUCUUGGGUGCGAUUCUUUUCACGAAACGGCCGAAUACAGUCAUUGAGGAUCGUUCUUGGAUAAAUAGUCCUUCCCUUCCGGUACCGUUUGACGGUAAUCAAACACGCUGUCAAUUAUCACCAAACGUAUGCGUAAUUGGUGGCUCCUGGUGUUGACACGGAGUCGUUAUGUUGCCUCGAGAGCCGUAAUUGAAUAUCUGCCAAACGGAUGUAUCACCGUUUGUACGACUCGUAAGAUACUCCUUGUCUGCCGGAUUGUUUGUAAAUGUACGCCCGUGUGUCAAUGUACGUGUACAUGAGGCGAUAUAUAAGGGAGGGACACCCACGAGGGCGCACUUUACCUUUCUCACCUGUCCGAGUGAAAUGGGUCUCCUCUUACCUCGAAUUUCUCAGACUUCUCGUACACGUCGAUAAAGACGCGGUUUUACGGAAAAAGAAAAAAAAAAUAGAAAUAUAAUUUAGCUUCCCCGAAAAUGUGAAAUUACUAACAAUUUCGCUUUCCAUCUCGCAAUUGGCCUAAUGUGUGCGUCGGUUUAAGUGCUCCUUAUCAGACGCUGCUUAUCACUGGCGCAGUGUCAAUGGCCAUGCAUCUUGCACAACCUCGAAUCUAAAUGAAACUUCACACUCGGAGAAGGUUUUAAUUGAUAAAAAGGUGUACUUGAUAUCGAGGCUGACGAGAGAUGGUCACCGUUUCGUUUUUUCACUGGGCAAUUUGGAGCGCCAUGUUGUGUUCCGUUUUUUAUUUUGUCACUGGCGGAAAACAGGAAAUGGCAGUCGAAGCCUGGUCGGAUUCCUGGAUAUCCGAGGAAAACUUCACGACUAUGGUCAAGCACUCCUUCAGGUUCUCCAGGUGCUGCAAUGUCUACUUAAACGGUUCGACCUCGGGUAUUAACGCGCUAUUCAGGAGGUUUAUCAAUAUUUAUCCAUAUGAGUAUCUCGUUGAAAGACACACUUACGACUGCCAAGGCUAUUUCCUCCUGGCUUCCACCGAGGAACAGCUCGUGGACGCUUUGACAUACGUCCCUUCAAAGAUCUCCACCACCGAAUUGCUCAUCAUCGUGGACUCGACCCUCGAGGAAGACUCGAUGCUCUUCGACGUUGAUCUGUACAACAAUGCAGAUGCAAACCUCGCUUCACCAAGUGGCAUAUGGAGCCUCUCGGCGAAUUAUUUAAGGCCGAGAAUGUUUAAAAAAAUGAAGCGGUACAAGGAGCUGAUUUACGACAAGAGAAUUGUCAACUUUAACGGAAGGCUCCUGCAAGCUUCCAGCUUUUACAACCCACCGUUUACUUACAUGAGUAAAACGGUGAACAAGACCUACAACGGUGCCGAGGUAUCGUUCUUCCUCGCGGACGACGAUACGGAGAGGGACGGGAUCGAGAUGCAAAUAUUCAUGCUCAUGGCGGAAAAACUGAACUUCACGUGGAUGAUUAGAAGACCCCUAGGUCGACACAGGUACGGCAGGGAGGUUAACGAUACCUUCUUCACGGAUGGCAUGAUCGGCAUGAUCAUCGAGAAGGAGGUCGACAUCGCGUUUAGCAGUAUUUGGCUAAAAACGGACCACUACAAGUUCGCCAAUCUUUCGGAAGCUUGGUAUCAAUUGUACAUAGGGUUCCUGGUCCCACGUCCGAAGCUACGCACGAGCUUUUGGGCACUAACUAGACCAUUUACUGUCGAAGUGUGGCUGGGAAUCGUUGCUAUGUUAAUACUGAAAAGUAGCUAUUUAUACACUCGGGCUUGGAUUAACCCAAAAAUGCCGAGACGCUACCGGAAUUGUGUCGUCACGAUGACCGAAUUAAUGGGACGAUUGGUGGGGACCUGGACACCAACGGAUACAGAGAGUGUCCGGAUGCAACUGCACCUGUGGCAGAUUGCAGGCCUCCUGGUUGUCACCGCCUAUUGCAGCAGUCUUGCUGCAAGCUUAGCCAGCUCCGAGUACGAGGAAAGGAUCGAUAACGUUCGCCAGUUCCUGAAGGCGAAUCUCACCUGGAGCAUGUCUGGCGCGACUCCACGUUUCGGCGAUUAUUUCGACUUCAAGGACCCCUUUGAGUCUCAGAUGCCCUCGAAGUUCGUUUAUCACAAUUCUGACGAGGAGCGACAAGCGGCCGUGAAAAGGGGUAACCAGGCCAUCUUUGGAAAACUCGUCGGCAAGCUUUUCUUCCCCGAUGUGAACAUCACCAACGAGGAACUCAAGAAUUACAGAUUGAUGAGGCAGAAGGUCGGGACGUACUACGCGUGCUUCGCCGUCCAACCAUGGUUGUUGGAACCCAUCAGCACGUUGAUGCUGUGGCUGCGGGAAGGCGGCAUCACCAUUUUCCACCAAAAGGACGUCAUACGUCGUCGGGUCAAGCUGAGUCUCAGAGAGGUCCUGAAGGAACAGGACAAAAGCGAUGGAGUUGCGAGGGUCCUGGCCCUGACACCUCUCGGAGCAGGAUUUUCUUUUCUGAUCUUCGGCCUCUUCGUGUCCACGGUGGUCUUCUACCUCGAACUACGAUCCGGAAGAAAGUCUCGUUCUAAUCCAAGGAUGUCGAAAGAAAAACUCGGGGUCCAGGACCCCCCGAACAGGGCGUCUACCGUUCCGGCUAAACUUUAUGCAGAAGAGAUCUUCCUGGGCAGGAAACUUUACCCCGCCACGACCUGAUCGUCUCUAGCAAUAACAUAAAUCGUAAAAAAGAGACUCAUUCACCAGACGGGCGCGGCAGCUCCUUUUUGCGCGUUUUCUCUCAUGAAUUUUCAGUGCACCUCGUUAAGAGAGGAAAUCGAAGGUGCAACGUAGUUUCGAGGAUGUCAAUAGAGACGCGAGUCGGCGUAGCAAUUACAGAAUAGAAUCGUUUUCCCGAGGGAACCCAUCUAUGCGUCGCUACUUAUACAUUGGGAUGAAUUAUUCAACUCUUCGCACAUUUUUAUUGUCCUUGCGUCACCGGGAUGGUUUAAUGCUCGUCACAUGAGUUGCUGUAAAUUGGUAUCGCGUUUGCUCGGAAACUUCGUUUGACUUGAUACGAUCUUAUGUGAUAAGCUUGCACAUGAUUCAUUGGAGGCUCUAAAGCCUCAAAAACCCGCCUUAGCACCCAUCGUGAAAUCUCAAGAAAAUUCUCCCUCAGAUUUUCCUAUUCUAGCGAGGUCUCGCACUGUAUCGACGCGCUAUUUCGAUGCCAGCUAUCAAAGGCGGGAAAUUUAAUUAUGGCGUCGCAAUGACCCGAUUUGUGCGAUGUAAAGACUUGCGAUUUCAAUCAUCAACCUUUAAAAAAAGGUUUUAGUACCCAUCGGGAAAUCUCGACAAGUGAAAUUUUCCUGUUCUGGCGAGGUGUUACACCGUGUCGACGCCGGCGACCCAGGACGGGAAAUUUUAUUAGGGCGUCCUGACAACCCGAUUUGUGCGAUGUAAAGACAAUCAUUUUCAACCUAUCAAUCAUUUCAAUCAUUAUCAACCUUUAAAAAAAGGUUUCAUCGGGAAAUCUCGACAAGUGAAAUUUUCCUGUUCUGGCGAGGUGUUACACCGUGUCGACGCCGGCGACCCAGGUCGGGAAAUUUGAUUAGGGCGUCGCGACGACCCGAUUUGUGCGAUGUAAAGACAUGGGAUUUCAAUCAUCAUCAAUCUUUAAAAAAAGGUUUUAAUACCCAUCGGGAAAUCUCGACAAGUGAAAUUUUCUUGUUCUGGCAAGGUGUUACACCGUGUCGACGCCGGCGACCCAGGUCGGGAAAUUUGAUUAGGGCGUCGCGACGACCUGAUUUGUGCGAUAUAACGACUCGCGAAGUUCAGUCCCCGUUACGAUCCACGAGGAUCGAGUUCAACUGGAGGCGGACGCAUGCAUCCGCAAGGA